UAGAGUUUUGGGGAGUGCAUAUAAUCAACAUAUAAUCGAAGGUGCUUAGAUAUUGAUCCUGUAUUUCGAGGUAGUUCAAAUUCACCACUCUUGGACCUUCGGGUUUGACUUUAUUUUUUUCCGCGCUUGGUGGAGAAUAAUUCACGCGUAAAAUGCCGAAGAGAAAGUCUCCAGAAGGUCCUGAGGGCAAGGAGGCCUCCAAAGUCACAAAGCAAGAGCCCACCAGAAGGUCAGAAAGAUUGUCAGCGAAACCUGCUCCACCAAAGCCUGAAGCCAAGCCCAAGAAGGCCAUCGUCAAGAAGGUCGCAGAUGAUAAGGGGGCGAAGGCAAAAAAAGGCGGCACUAAGGGAAAGAAAGAAGAUGGCCCCGCCCUGAACGGAGAGACCAAGACCAAUGAGAUCUAUGUGUCUCGUCCGUCUGUCAGUGUGUCUUCCAUCAGAAGCACGGCUCCCUCUUUGAUGUCAGUGAGAGGACAGAGUGAGACAGUCAGAGUUAAGGUGAAGUGGGCCAAGGAGAACUUUUUACACACAAGCAAGAAGGUUCACUGCUGCUCACAGAGUUGUCACAUGGAAGAUGAUUGGCGCAAUGCCUUCAUAGACAGCUGGCUCCACCAGUGGAGAGGCAGAGGAAACAGACAGGAGAUGUUCACUCCAGUGAGAUUGCACACACAAACGCACACACACACAGCCGGAUUUUGAUUCCCCUGUUGAGAUAAUGUUGAUUCCUGCUGAUACCAGAGGAGUUAUGGGUUUAAUUGUGUAGCUUUUUAGAGCAAUUUAGUGAAGAAAGAUAUUGCACAUAUGCUGUCAAGACAGUCUUGUGAGCACAUGAUUUUGAAAAUCAUUCACUGAAGAUCAUUUGAGCUGGCAACUUGAGGCUGGUCUCAAUUUCAAAUUUAAGAGUAAAUUCAGCCUAAUCACAAACAUACUGUCUAGUGGUGUCUAGUCAUGCAGCUAUGAGUUUUAUUUGUUUAGUUUUUGAGAUGGAUGAAAUGGAAUUUUUCAAUGCUCAAAUCAUUGAAAAUGACACUUGAAAAACUUAAUGGCAGUGUGUCUUUCCACAAACAACGUUGCAGGCACUGUUGAUAAACCACAGACCUUACUGUCAACAGUUAUCAUUGGAGCUACUUUCUAGCAAAGAAGUAGUCCCAGAGGUAUUGGUUCAAAGCGCAGUUGGUAACCGGGCUACUUGUUAACUUUCAGAGGUGGAUAUCUGAAAAAAUAAAUAAAAAAUAAAAAACCUGAAACUGUUAGUCACCACUAGCCGUUAUUGAAAGAAUGUAGGGUUUUUUGUUAGCUUAGCUUAGCAUAAAGACUGCUUAGAUAGCAGGUGUUUAUAGGUGGAUUUUGAUAACUUUGAACAGAGACAGGAUAGCUGUUUCAUGCUUUCUCCAGCCACUAUGCUAAGCUAACAGGCUUCUGGCUAUAGCUUCAUGUUUAUCAUACACACGAGAGUUGUAUUGAUCUUCUCAUGUAACUCUCAGCAAGAAAGUGACUAAAUUAACUUCCCAAAAUGCCAAUCUAUUCCUUUAACUCCUCUUCUGACCUAUUUUCUCUCCUUGAAUGUAUUCAGAGAAGAUUUAAGGUUAAAUUUUAUUACUUAAAGAACAGUUUGGCUUGUUCAAAGAAGCAGGCUUACCAAGUUAUUUGAUUACUUUGCCCCAAAGUAAAACCCCAAACCACUUCAAAUCACGAGCACGGAACAAUGCAAAAUCAUACAGAUAUUUCAGUAAAGAUGCUUCCAGCAAGAGACCCAUCAAUCUAAAACCAAGUGCAGCCAAGUGAGUGUCACAUUCCAGCUAGUUAAAGGCUGAUUUAGUUACAUGCAGAAUGAAUUUGGUCUGCACCCACCGAAGACUUGCCGGCUGAGCCCUGGCAGACCAAAACAAGCCAAGUGAAAGUCGUGCACUGGUUUUUUGAAGCUACUCUCAGUGGAAUCUACCUGUGGAGAGAAUAAGGGGUAACACUUUGAGAAUAUCUUUGAGACUUAACGUGUGUGUAACUCCUUUAC